AGCGGGUACAAGGAGAAGCGCCUCGCCUGUAGUCGCUGCGGAUACAGUCUAGAUACCGGCAAGAGAUAUACGGGCACCGCGUUUGGCACGUAGGAAGACAUUUUGUUCUUUGAAAACUGGGUUUCUGCCAACAGCAGCCAGAGGAGCGCAAGCUGUGAAUGGCGUAUUUGGCUUUAUACUUAAAAAACGGUAACAAAACGAAACCAAAAAACGUCUGCCUGUCUUCCUUUCACAUAAAGCAGAAAGUUUACCACAGAACUUUUACGACUAUGAAAGAGCUAUUGUUUCAACUCAUUUAAAUUUUACGCGCAAAACAACCUUAUUCAUCUUCAGUAUUCUCAGCUGCUCACUCAGAAAAGGACUGGUCAAAAGAAUGGAUUUCACAGAGGCUUACUCUGACACAUGCUCCACCGUUGGACUUGCUGCCAGGGAAGGCAAUGUUAAAGUCUUAAGAAAACUGCUCAAAAAGGGACGUAGUGUUGAUGUUGCUGAUAACAGGGGAUGGAUGCCAAUUCACGAAGCAGCUUAUCACAACUCUGUAGAAUGUUUACGGAUAUUAAUUCAUGCAGAUUCAUCUGAAAACUACGUUAAGACAAAGACUUUUGAGGGCUUCUGUGCAUUACAUCUUGCUGCAAGUCAAGGACAUUGGAAGAUUGUACAGAUACUUUUAGAAGCUGGGGCAGAUCCUAAUGCAACUACUUUAGAGGAAACCACACCACUGUUUUUAGCUGUUGAAAAUGGACAGAUAGAUGUGUUAAGGCUUUUGCUUCGACAUGGAGCAAAUGUUAAUGGAUCCCAUUCUAUGUGUGGAUGGAACGCUUUGCACCAGGCCACUUUUCAGGAAAAUGCUGAGAUCAUAAAAUUGCUUCUUAAAAAAGGAGCAAGCAAGGAAUGCCAGGAUGACUUUGGAAUCACACCUUUAUUUGUGGCUGCUCAGUAUGGCAAGCUAGAAAGCUUGAGCAUACUUAUUUCAUCAGGUGCAAAUGUCAAUUGUCAAGCAUUGGACAAAGCUACUCCCUUGUUCAUUGCUGCUCAAGAGGGCCACACAGAAUGUGUGGAGCUUUUGCUGUCCAGUGGGGCAGAUCCUGAUCUUUACUGUAAUGAGGACAAUUGGCAGUUACCUAUUCAUGCAGCUGCACAAAUGGGCCAUACAAAAAUCUUGGACUUGUUAAUACCACUUACCAACCGGGUUUGUGACACUGGGCCAGACAAAGUGAGUCCUGUUUACUCAGCAGUAUUUGGAGGGCAUGAGGAGUGCCUAGAAAUGUUACUCCAGCAUGGCUACAGCCCAGAAGCCCAGAUGUGCCUUAUCUUUGGAUUCAGUUCUCCCAUGUGUAUGGCUUUCCAAAAGGAGUGGAGCUGCGAAUUUUUUGGAAUUGUGAAUAUUCUUUUGAAAUAUGGAGCCCAACUAAAUGAACUUCAUUUGGCCUACUGCCUGAAGUAUGAGAAGUUUUCAGUAUUUCGCUACUUUUUGAAGAAAGGUUGUCCGUUGGCACCAUGGAACCACAUUUCUGAAUUUAUAAGUCAUGCGAUUAAAGCACAAAUGAAAUACAGGGAAUGGUUGCCAUCUCUCCUGCUCGCUGGAUUUGACCCACUGAAUCUACUAUGCAGCUCAUGGAUUGACUCAGUCAGUGAUGAUACCCUUAUCUUCACUUUGGAGUUUACCAAUUGGAAGAGGCUUCCUCCAACUGUUGAGAAGAUGCUCUCCACUCGUGCCUCAAACUCUUGGGCUCUGCAGCAACAUAUUGCCUCUGUUCCAUCCCUCACCCACCUUUGCCGUUUGGAAAUUCGGUCCAGUGUAAAACCAGAACACCUACGAUCUGACAGUUUUAUCUGUCAGUUGCCACUUCCCAGAAGCCUACAUAAUUAUUUGCUCUAUGCAGAAGUUCUAAGGAUGAAUGAAGUUCCAGAAUUGGCAGUUACUCAAGAUGGAGAAGUCAGCGAAGCUACUUAAUGCAGCUCAUGUCUUACUCUGAAAACCACCAAAACAAAGAGCCAUGCAGUACAAAUUCUUCAUGAUUUUAUAGUCAUAAAAGAUGAUUUUUGUUUGUGUGGUUGGUUAGGUUUGUGGGGGGCAAUAGUUAAAUGCAAAUGUUUACAAUUGGGCUUCCUGGUUAAAAAAAAAUACUGUUCACCUCACUUAUGUUACUUUAUCACAGAUUCAUUACCAACACAUUUUUAUAUUCUAGAUUCAUUUACCUAACAUUUUUUGCUUUAUUCUGUUAAUGAACUGUGAUGCUGCUUCUAGUGCUAACCAUGGCAUAUUUCCGCCUAUGAUUCUGUGUUUGCCUAGGGCUAGGAGCUUAGAAAGAAAUGCAUAAAACUUUCCUGAAAGUGUAUACACAAUGGGGUUGAAUCUAUUAUUAUUAUUAUUAUUAUUAUU